AUGCCCUUGUUUCGUUCCAAGAAGAAGGACGAUGGUGGCGGAACGGCAAGUUCACGGGCGUCAAGAUCUAACUCGUUGCGAUCUGUUUCUUCACAUACCUCUACAACAUCGCAGUCUUCAGCUGCGACCAGCUCAUCUACGCUUAAAGGACUAUUCAGAUCUGACAGCUCCAAGAAGGUUGAUGCUCUCGUUAAUUCGAUCGAUACACAAUUAGAAACAAAGUUGAAGAUCGAUCCCGAGCAAAGAUCGACAACAGAGUCUAAGUCCAGUGCUUAUUCGCUUCCACGAUUAAAGAAGAAAGUGAGUACUAUAGCGGAAGUUGAUGGUGACGACUACAAUACUUUGCUCAAUGAGGAAGAAAGUGACUAUGACACUGAUUCGAAUGACUCUGCGAAUUCCGAUUCUUUCGAUGAAAGUACAGCUGAUUCUACUAACGAAGAAGAAGAAAUUGAUUCCGACGAAGAAGAAGAAGAACACCUUCAUUCUCUUAAGGCCAAAGGAAAAAUGAACCAGAAACAGUUGGCAAUCCACCUCCUGACAAUUAUGGGCUACUGCGGUAUGGAAUUAUCACAUGGCGAUAAGCUUACUGACAUUGCAAACGAAGAGCUGGCCAGGACAUAUUCGCUCUUGGAGCAGAACUUCAAGAUCCACAGAUUGCCUCCUGGAUUUGGCAAUGAAACCUCGGUUAUUGGCAAGAAUCAGAUAGAGUUGAUCAACCACUUGAAGGAAAAGAUGAAGAAGAUCAGCAAAUCCAAAUCGAAUGUACAGCUUCAAUAUCAGUGCCUUUCUAGCGGAAAGACACUUUACGAAAGGUAUGGCGUAGUUAAAGAUGUCAUCGGUAAAGGGGCUUACGGGUUUGUUAAGAUCAUCGACCCAAACCCUGAGAAAGCGAAGGUCUUUCUAGACUCAACCCAUGUUCUAUACGCUGUCAAGGAAUUACAGAAGAAGAAGACCAAGGAAUCAGACGAGAAGUUCGCUGAUAGAGUGAUAUCAGAAUUCGUGAUAUCUUCAACUUUGAACUGUAAGCAUGUCGUAAAGACUGUAGAUCUUAUGGUGACGUUGCCGCCUUUAAACUCAACAGCGGAAAGCACCUGGAAGUUCAGUCAAGUCAUGGAAUGUACUCCGGGCGGAGACUUAUUUACAUACUUGACAACUACGGUUGACAGGAAAAACAAGCCAGUGAACUUCAUGUCUUUGGAUGAAAUUGACUGCUUUAUCAAACAAAUCGCCAGAGGUUUGAAAUAUUUGCAUUUACACGGUGUGGCACACUGUGAUCUUAAGUUGGAGAAUGUCUUAAUUGCUUACAAGUCUUCACCAAGUUCAGAGAUGGAUUCUCGUGGAAGGAUGCUAUUGAAAUUGUCAGAUUUUGGCAAGUCUUCAGUAUUCAAAACGGAAUGGGACCAAUGCGAACAGUUGGUAAAAAAUCAAGGUCCGACAGGCUCCAUGCCUUACAUUGCGCCAGAAGAGUUUUCUUGCGCCUUGAAAAACCAGUAUUCACUCAGCAAGAAAGAUUGUUGGGCACUUGGUAUAAUCAUAUCAGUGUUGUUCAAUAUCAGAUGGCACUAUUAUACUGGCAAGAAGACAGAUAUGCUUUUCAACUGCGAAGACACAGACGAGAGUACAAAUACAUACAGUUGUGGAUAUUUCUGGGAGACUACCGAGUUGAAGUCUCAUCACUUCACUUCAAAGGACCAGAAAUACAAGGACAAGGUAUUUGAAGAAUAUACAAAGACAAGAAUGGUUGCUGACUACGAUAACAAGACGAAAGAAUGGCUAGUUACCAAAGUUGGCACAUUCCCACCAUUCGAUAGAAUCUUCAAGACAAGAAGCUUUCACGAUUCGGACGACGAAAACUCAGAUGACGAACUUAAUGACGAUAACGAGAACGAGGACGAGGAUGACUUAUGUGAACUAAGGAGGAUAUUGAUGUACAAGCUCUUGGAUGUGGAUUUCAAAACAAGAAUCACAGUUGACCAUUUCUUGAAAUCAGAUUGGAUGACAGCAGUAGAAUGCUGCGUUUAG